AUGAAGAAGGAGCACAUCAUCGAAAAGUUGCUAAGAGAGAGAUAUUAUUGGGAUGCAGAGCUGUACGCAACCAAUAUUGAUGGCGAUAAGAAAGUUGAUUGUAGGGCGUGCCGGAAACCGAUAUUGGGUGCCGCUUUUACAUACUGGGGUAGGUACAUGUUCUUUCACAUAUCAUGCUUCAAUGCACCCACAAAUCACAAAGCCCUUUUCUUACACUUCGGCCGGCGGCAGCAUGAUCCAUUCAUCUUCACAGAAGAAGUGAAAAAUGAUGGCAAGGAGGAUGUUAACGUUGUUUGCUUUGGCUGCGACAAGCCAGUAUUUGGUCCCCGAUACAAAUGCUCCACCUCCCAUUGCAAUUUGGUCCUCCAUCAAUCAUGCGCUGAGCUGCCUCCCCAAAUACAAUACCCUUUCCACCCAAACCACGCCCUUGCUCUUGUUAAGCCAAAGAAUAAACAUUGUAAUGCUUGCGGUAAAAACUGCAAUGCAUACCCCUUCUACCAUUGCAGUGAGUGCGAUUUUAAUCUUGAUUUCACAUGUGCAACUACCCGCUCGCAAAUUAAAAUAAAUACUGACGACUGUCAACACACAUUCAUCUCUCUCUCCAAGAAUUUUCAAUUCACUUGUGAAGCUUGUGGCGAGGAAGGCAAUGAGUUCGCCUCCCUAUGUACCAUAUGUCAACUCUUGAUUCACACCAAAUGUAGUCAAUUUUCAUGCAUCAUCAUAAUUACAAGUCAUGAUCACUCACUUACUCUCAUCUACUCUCUUUCUCAAGUCAAAGAGCACAAUGAUAUAUUUUGUAAUCUUUGCUAUCAAAAGGUGAAGACAAAGUAUGGAGCUUAUUAUUGUAAGGAAUGCAGUUACGUGGUCCACUUGACAUGUGCAUUUAAAUAUAAAGAAGAUGCAUAUCUCAAGUUGAUGCGUGAGGAAUUCAUUGAUUUACAAACAAAUGUUAUGGAGGUUGAAGGGGCUAGGCAAAUACGACAUUUUAGCCAUCAACAUGAUUUAAUUCUUAGCAAUGAGGAGCUCAUGACGAAUGAGCCUUGUGAUGGUUGUAAAGGAUUAAUCUUCACCCCGUUUUACAGUUGUAUACAAUGCAACUUUUUUCUCCACAGUAAAUGUGCUCAACUAUCAAAAAAUAAGCGACAUCCACUUCAUCCACACUUACUCACCCUCUUCUCAAAGUCAUCUUUUGUUCUUGGAUCAUUCUCAUGUAAGGCUUGUCAACGUCUCAGCAAUGGCUUCGCCUAUGGAUGUGGAAUGUGUGGUUUCUACUUUGACCUUCAAUGUUGUUCAAUUCCGGAAACUCUGAAACAUGAAGGUCACCAACACUCUCUCUCCCUUGCUGUUAAUUCUAGUAGAAGAUGUCAUGUUUGUAAUUUAACUUCUGAUGACAAACCUUGUGUGUUUGUAUGCACUAACUGUGAUUUUGCCUUGGGUUUCGAAUGUGCAACUCUUCCGCUCGUAGCUGGGCACAAAGAUGACGAUCAUCUCCUCAAGCUCACCUAUAGUGUUGAAGCUCAUUGCGAAGAAUACUAUUGUCUAAUUUGCGAAAAAGAAAGAGAUCCCAAACAAUGGUUCUAUUAUUGUGCCGAAUGCAACUUUUCUGCUCAUUCCGAAUGUGUUUUAGGAAAAUAUCCAUACAUUAAGUUUGGAAGUACUUUCACAUCCGAAAAUAAACACGAGCACCCUCUCACUUUUGUCCCAAAGACUAAGUCAUCUCCUCCAUGUGAUGCUUGUGAUUUAGAUGAUAAUGAUGAUGAUGAAGAAACAUCCAAGUCGACCAACACUGUUGAAAUAAUGAUGAUGCAGAAAUUAUAG